AUGGCAUCACCUCGACUCAGUUUUAGACAAAGUUUGGUUUCUCCACAUUCUAAAUCAUUAUCUACUGUUCCUUUAGUUGUAUUUUUAAGUGAUCAAAAUGAAAUUAUACAAACUAUGAAAACAAUUCCACCAGCAACAAUGCUUAUUUGGGUUUUAACACCAACAAGUGAAUCAACAAAAGGAAUUACUAUUACAAUUAAAUACCAUAAUUUAAUUUCACAUCACACUUUAUUCAAAGAUAGUGUUGUUACAACUUUAACAAAGAAAAAAAUUGGUAACUCAAAACAAAUAGAAUAUAAUGUGUCUACUAACAUUAAAGGAAUUACUAAUAAUAAUAUUAGAGCUGCUAUUAAUCAAUUCACUUUAUAUCAACAGCUCGUUCAAUUUCUUGUGAGAACACAAUAUUUUAGUGAUUUACCUUCAAUGAAUAAAUCACCUACUAUUCAUCCAGACCCAACUUCUCCUCGUUUAAUUUGUCAGUCAAUUCAAGGAAUUAAAAGAAUUGAUUUGGAUGAAGAAAAUGGUUCAUUAUUAUUAUUAAAUGAAAAACUCUCUAUUAUUGCUCGGUGUGAAACUGUUAAUAGUGCAAUUAAUGCAUUAAAACAAUACAUUAAUCCUACUCAACUUCCUAGCUCUUUUUCAACAGAAGAAUUUAAUAUAACUGACAAACUAAAUGAAAUUCAUGCAAUAAGUUGUUCUGAAUCUUUUGUUAUUAAAGAUGUAAUAAUGAUUUUACCAAAAUUUAUAAAUGAUUUAUGUCAUCAUCCAAUUACUGACCUUGUUAAUUCUUUAGAAGUAUUAAUCAGUCGUGUUUUUUCUAAUUCAUUAAUUGAACAAAAGACUAUCAUUAAAAUGUUAUUUGAUCAUAUAAGAAUGCAUUCAAUUUGUGAUGGAAUUUAUCUUCUUAUUGGUAAAUUAUUGGAUAAAUAUACUAAAGCAUUUUGUACUGUUCUUCAAACAGAAAAGGUAGGAAUUAUACUAACUGAAAAGAUGAAAGAAAUAUAUAAAAAUAUUUUUGGUGAUUAUACCUUUGAUGAAAAACCAUUGCCAUCAAUUAAAACUGUUAUUGUUAAGGAUGAUAAUACACCAAUUAACUAUGAUGAUAUGGAUAGAGGAUCAUCAAAACAAGUAAAAAGAAAGUCUAUAUUUUUCUCAAAUUCAUUGUUCCAAGAAGAUGAUACUUUCUUAAGAAGACAAAGUAGAAGUUUCCAAAGAGCAAUUACUCCUAGAAAAACAGGAAAAGGAAAAGGUGAUGAACAAUUAGAAUCAAAAAAUGAAAUGAGGGAUGAAGCAAGAAAAUUAGCUCAAGCAUUUUUUAAUGAAAGUCUUCCUUAUAUUCUUAAAGUAGAUCAAACAGGAGUUAAGAUAUUUAAUUCAAAAAAUGAAAAUGAAGCAUUUCUUGAUAAUUUAACUUACAAAUCUGGAUUUGAACAAUUAAAACAAGUAAUUAAAUUGAUUAGAUAUAAUAUAGUUAUAGAAGAAAAUCCUGAGCUAAUCAAACAGAUUUGUUUUUUCCUCAUUCCUUCAGUGUCAUUGGGUUAUAAAGAUUGUUUUAAAGAAAUCACUCAUUCUAUGGAAGAUUAUUUUCAACAUAUUUAUGUAUGUAAUAAAGAAAAUAUUUUUAUGAAAAUAUUAACUGAUUGGGAAUUAAUUAUAGAAGAAUCAAAAUCAUUUAGUGCUUAUUUCUUCCGUAUUUUAUUAAAAAUAUUUAGAGUUUAUAUGAAAAUAGCUAGAUAUCAAACAAUUGGAUUAGGAUUAUCAGAAAGAGUUUUAAUGCCUAUUUCUUUAUGUCUUCAACGUCCACAAACAGAAUGUUAUUUAGACUCUCAAUAUGACCUUUUAAUAGAAGUUGGUCGUUGUUUUAAAAUUUUUAAUAAUAAAUGUUUGAAUGAAACACACUCAGUUCAUGCAAUUCAACAAAUCUAUUCACCAAAAGAAAUUAGUAAAUUAGCAAUGGCAUGUGCAAAAAGAUAUCUUAUUGAUUGGGAUAAAGAAACAUCAAACUACCAUGAAAAUGUUAACAAAUUACUUGGAAAGAAACGAGAAUAUGCCAUUCUUUAUUUUCAAGUUCUUGUUCAUUUGUUACAAGUCUUUGAUCAAAAAUCUCUUCCAAACAAUCAAAAUUAUACAUCAAUUCAAGAAAAUUUAGAAAAUCUAGUCGUCCCACCAAAUGGAUUUCUUUUUAGAUUUUUAAGGGAUGAAACUGUUUUAUUUGGAGUUGACGCUAAAGUUACUGCACUCUCUUUUUUUACAUAUUUCUUUAGUGUAAAUUCACCAAUUAUCAGAAGAAAAUCUGUUGUUAAUGAGUAUAUUAGAUUUGCAUUUAAAUUAUUCAUUAAAAUAUAUUAUAAAGAUACUUGGACUGAUGAUGAUAUUAGAGUAUUAGUUGGAGCUUUGAAAAUGUUAAAUGGACUUGCAGCACAUAAAACUGAGUUUAGUAGACAAACCUUUUUCAGACUAGGUUUAUUCUCAUUAUUAUUACACGAAGUUAUGUUAGAAUUUAAUAUAAGUUGGAAUAACUCUCAUGAAGAAGAAACUGGGAUUUUUGAUGCUUUUAAACAACAACCUAAAAAACAAUUAGAACAACCAAAAGCACAAACAAAACGUAUGACUGGAAGAAAGAAUAUGAAAGUUAAUAUUCCUAGACUUUGUGUAAACGCUAGUCCAACUAAACCACUUUCUCCUCGUAAAUUUGAAACAAAACAAGAUGAGGACAUUAAAAAGGAUGGAAUUACUCAAUUAUCACCUCGAAUUAUGUUGGAAACUUCUAAAUCAAGACCCCUAACCACAAACAAUAUAUUCGAUGGAAAACUUCUGUCACUCUCUGAUGCUCAGUCUCAAGAAAUUCAAAAGACUAUUGAAGUCAAUAAGAAAAGACUAACUCUAACUGAUGAACGUUAUAAACCAUCAAAGAAAAAUACUCCUAUUUCUGAUACUAGGUCGGAUAGUCUCUCUCUUGACUCCCAAUACUUCCAGGUUGUAGAAACACCAAAAGAACAUGAAACAAAUUAUAAUACUCCUCCUAUUGAAAGCCCAGGUAAAACCCCUCCUAUUGAUGUUAUUAAGAAAGAGGCUAAAACUCCUAUGAGGUUGUCAUUAGCAAAAAUCCCUGGAAUCAUUACGGUUAGUCCUCCUGACUCAUCUCGUUCAAGUCUAAGAAGUUCACUUGAAGCAGGUAGUUUUUUUAUUCCUUGUAAAUUAGAUGACGAAACACAACACAAAACUUCUCCAAUAACAUCAUGCAAAGAUAUUUCUAUUCCAUUGAACAAGUUUGAGGAAUCAGUCAUACGAGAGGAAGAGUCAAAGAAGAAAGAGUCUAUUAACCCAACACCCAAUAACACAAAGCCAGUUGAAACAAAAAUUGAAGAACCUCAAGGAAUUGUUUCAACUGACAAACCAAAUGAUACAAAAGUUAAAGAAGAAAUAAAGAAAGAAGGUAUGCCUCCUGCUCGAAAAAAGCGACCACCACCACUUAAAAUGGUUCCAGCUAUUAGAAAGUCUAUUGAUAACUCCGGAACUGGAACGUCAUCUGCAUCAGGAAGUACAACUAAUAGUUCUACUGGAUUAUUGACACAAGUAGAACAGAAAUUUAAGGAAACAGGGAAGUUACAUCUUAUUCUUGAUACGAUGAUGUUUGAAAAAACAAACACUGAAGUAGUAAAAGUUGAUGAACAUUCAUAUGAAAAUAUGAGAAAAACAAGAAGAAUUUAUGUUAAUAGUGAUGUACAUAAAGAGAUUUUAAUUGGUAAUGAUAAAUUAAGACAUUUCCAUUGUUUAUGUGGAAUUGUUGAUAUAGUUUUAACCCAACCCAUUGAUGAAGAAUUAGUUAGAAAUUGUAGAUGUGAAGCAGAUGGUAAAGAAUGUUGUCCUAAUCGUCAUAAUGGGUGUAGAAUCUUUUUAGAAACAAUGAAAGAAAAAUCAUCGUAUGAUGCAAUAUUUAUGAAAUGGGUUGGAGUAAAACAAAAGAAUGUUGUGGGAAUGAAGAAUCUUUUGAACGUUAUGAAUGUACUACCAUCUUCUGGUAAAAGUGCAAAGAUAUAUUCUUGUAAGAGUUGCGGAUUUAUUAUUGGUUAA